GGCAUGGACGCGAGCGAGUUCCGGAGGAGAGGCAGGGAGAUGGUGGACUACAUCGCUGACUACCUGGAGGGCGUCGAGGGGCGCCAGGUGUUCCCCGACGUGCAGCCCGGCUACCUACGCCCCCUGAUCCCCAGCUGCGCCCCCCAGGAGCCGGACACGUUCGAGGACAUCAUGAAGGACGUGGAAAGGGUCAUCAUGCCCGGGGUGACCCACUGGCACAGCCCUCACUUCUUCGCCUACUUCCCCACGGCCAGCUCCUUCCCGGCCCUCCUCGGUGACAUGCUCAGCGGGGCCAUCGGCUGCAUCGGCUUCUCCUGGGCCGCAAGCCCGGCGUGCACGGAGCUGGAGACCGUGAUGCUGGACUGGCUCGGGAAGAUGCUGCGGCUGCCGGCGCCCUUCCUCACUGAGAGCGGCGGCGGCGAAGGGGGCGGCGUGAUCCAGGGCAGCGCCAGCGAGGCCACGCUGAUGGCCCUGCUGGCCGCUCGGAGCAGAGCGACGCGCCGCCUGCAGGCUGCCCGCCCGGGGCUCACGGACGCCGCCGUCCUGGAGAAGCUGGUGGCAUACUUCUCGGACCAGGCCCACAGCUCCGUGGAAAGAGCCGCAUUAAUCGGAGGCGUGAAAUUCAAGGCCAUCCCUUCGGACGACAAGUUCACCAUGCGCGCGUCCGCCCUGCAGGAGGCGCUGGAGAGGGACAAGGCGGCCGGUCUGAUCCCUUUCUUCGUGGUGGCGACCCUGGGGACCACGUCCUGCUGCUCCUUCGACCGCCUCCCAGAGCUGGGGCCCGUCUGUGACAAGGAGGACCUGUGGCUGCACAUCGACGCCGCCUACGCCGGCAGCGCCUUCAUCUGCCCCGAGUUCCGGCACCUUCUCAAUGGCGUGGAGUUUGCAGAUUCCUUUAAUUUUAACCCCCACAAGUGGCUCCUGGUGAACUUUGACUGCUCCACUAUGUGGGUGAAGCGGAGAUCGGACCUGAUCGGCACCUUCAAGAUGGACCCCGUGUACCUGAAGCACACCCACCAGGACUCAGGGCUGAUCACUGACUACAGGCACUGGCAGCUGCCGCUGGGCCGCCGGUUCCGCUCCCUGAAGAUGUGGUUCGUCUUCCGGAUGUACGGCGUCGCGGGGCUGCAGGCCCACAUCCGCAAGCACGUGCAGCUGGCGCACGAGUUUGAGUCCUUGGUGACCCAGGACCCUCGCUUCGAGAUCUGCACGGAGGUCACUCUGGGGCUGGUCUGCUUCCGCCUGAAGGGUUCCAACCAGCUGAACGAAGCUCUCCUGGAGAGGAUAAACGCCGCCAGGAAAAUCCACCUGGUGCCCUGCCACCUGCGGGACAAGUUCGUGCUGCGCUUCGCCAUCUGCUCCCGCACGGUGGAGUCUGCGCAUGUGCAGUCGGCCUGGGCGCACAUCCAGGCGCUGGCGACCGCGCUGCUGGGAGCCUGGCGGGAGUGCGGGUCAGCGCCGCCAGGGGGCGCUGCAGAGAUCUAAAGUUGAAAAGAAGUACAUCUGAAAACUGCACGGAGAAG